CCGUGGCGAACAUGUUCAUACAUCCACCCGGGAUCAUCCGCGUAAAAGGAAGAAAAUCACAGGCUGUCAGAAAAGUUUUCCUGCGGGGAGAGGAUCGGGCUCGAUCAGACCGAGGACAGCCGGAGGAUCGCGCUCUCAGGAUUAUUAAUUAUCGCAAUAAACUGUAUUCAUCAUGGACGCGCUCAAAUCAGCCGGACGCGCGAUCAUUCGCAGUCCCAGUCUGGCUAAACAGUCUUGGACCUCUGGAAAACAUAAAAAGCUGCCAGAGAACUGGACAGACACGCGGGAGACGCUGCUGGAGGGGAUGGUCUUUCAGCUGAAGUAUCUGGGCAUGACGCUGGUGGAGGAACCCAAAGGAGAAGAGCUCUCAGCCGCUGCUGUCAAGAGAAUCGUUGCCACAGCUAAAGCUGGUGGGAAGAAGCUUCAGAAGGUGACGCUGAAGGUUUCUCCUCGAGGGAUUGUUCUCUACGACAGUGUAUCAAACCAGCUAAUAGAGAAUGUGUCCAUAUACAGGAUAUCAUACUGCACGGCUGAUAAGAUGCAUGAUAAAGUGUUCGCCUACAUCGCUCAGAGUCAACGCAAUGAAACGCUGGAGUGUCACGCGUACCUCUGCACCAAGAGGAAAGUGGCUCAGGCGGUGACAUUAACGGUGGCUCAGGCUUUCCGUGUGGCGUUUGAGUUUUGGCAGACUGCUAAAGAAGAGAAAGAGAAGCAGGUGAAAUGUGGAUCAGAUGGAGAGGCGGCCAGCAGCUCUCAGUCUGAGAGUUCAGCCAGUCUGGGCAGCACGAAAGGAGGAGAGGUGGCCACUGGGGAUCUACUGGACCUUGAAUGUGGAGUAAAAGAUCACUCAGGAAUAGACGGCACACACCUGGCACAGAACCUCAGCACAGAGAACAACAACACUGUAUGGGAACUUGAGGAUGGUCUAGAUGAGGCUUUCUCAAGACUCGCUGAGUCUCGCACUAACCCCCAGAUGCUGGACAUUGGGGUAAACCCUCAGGACUACAACCCUGAAGAGUGCUUGUCGCCUAGCAACUGGGACAAAGCCGAUGCUGAGGCUGCAGACGCCGAGGACGUGUUCGGAUUCUGAUCGACGGUUCGCGGGAGGAACGAGCUGAUGAAACGACACAAAGGGAAUCGAGCUCGUCUGACCGGCCGCAGCUGAUACCGGCUUUGAGUUGACAUGCGGUUCGGCAAACCCUACGGAUGACUUCAACAAAAGCACAGACCAAAGCAAUACAGAAUAUAGUUUUUCUUUUUUUUUUUUCCGAAUUACUUUUAAGUAUAUUGACAUUUCAAAUGUUCUGUUACUUCCCAUAAGUUGCUUUACUUUCUUUCUUUUUUUACUUGUAUAAAUAUAAAAUAUAUGUGUAUGACAAUAACUGUAUAAUAUUUGCUCAUUAUUAUUUUUUAAUGGAUUUGAUUGCUGAGGCUAGCUUUGCGAUUCUAUGCAGGGGUAAUGCAUACUAAAUUUCCUGAUGUUUGAGGUUUGUGUGGAGUUGGAUUGUGUUUUUUAAGUGGUGAUGGUUUUGUAUACAUGAGUUGUCUGCCCUCAGAUGUGUGAAAAUGAAUGGCAAACAUUACAGCAUACAAUAAUGGACAAAAAAAAAGAGAGAAAGAUAAGGCAGGCUAUUUAAAUUAGACAAUCUUAUUUUUUUCUAUUAAAACGUAUUUUUGCACUCCUUUCUGCGUCUCAGAGCUCAUGGUUUCAUUUCAGGAUCUUUCUGUUUAUGCCAUGCUUAUAGUUCAUUCUUCAUCAGGCUAUACCCAUCCAAUAAAUCACUGUGGAAGUUACGGUAUUAUAAUUACUUAAAGAAAACUGUGGUAUUACUAUCAUGGUAGUGUCUAAAAAAGCAAAAACAUUGUAUUACCAUGGAUGUCUAUGGUAUGUUUUAUGGAAAUACAGAUCUAUUUUGUGUAACAUGUAUCCCUUUGCCCUAAAAUAUACCUGAAUUAAUUUCAGGUUGAAUUUAAGUGCAGCAAUAUAUUAUUUGUCUGCUUUACUUUUGUUGAAGCAUGAUCAUCAUAAACAAGCAAUGAACUGAUAUUUAACACUGUGGAUUUGACUGAAAAAAAUGCGGGCAGUUCUUUUGUGGUUUACAUUGACGCCCUGUUUUUAGGUUUUAUUAGACUUCCUAAGUAAAAUUUAUAGUAAGUCAGUGUUAGUUUCUGUUUGCAUUAUUUCAUGUUCAAAAAUUAAAACGAAUGAAAAUGC